ACUGCCUACAACCCCACAUCGCUCUCCGCUCUCUGCGGUGGCGCUUUCACUCAGCGCCGCUACUGAAUUGCCUGAAUCAACAAUCAGAGCAGAGAGGAGAAAGCGUUUUGUUGUUUCCAGUCGAGUUCCUCAUGCAUGGGAGAUCCCUGGCCUGUUGUUCCCUAUAAUGAUCCUUACGAUCUCCCAAUAUCCUAUGACAUCCUCGAUUUCCAGAAUGAUCAUAAUCCACUCCCUGCAGUUCCAUCCAAUGAGCAGAAUUCUUCAUCAUUCGCACAACAAAGUGAUGCAGAUUUUCAGAGUAAUGAUCCGAAUUCGGGUCAAGUGAUUCAAGAUACCGCCAUGCGUGAUUGUCCCCAUGAAGAGGGAAAAUUUGCAGCGGGUCCAUCUGAACCUCGCGUUGAAAGCCAUCCAAGUCAAGAGAAUAUGCCUUCACAUAAUUUCCCCAAUGUGAUUCCCCUUACAUUUUGGCCACCAAACCCAGUCGCUUUUCAUUGUAGUAGCUGCCAAGUUCUUAGAGAAAUAAUUCAUACUAACGGGAUUAAGUUCUCAAAAUUAGAGAUUCACGGAAGACUGGGUGUGAUCUGUCAUGCAAUUCUUCGACAGAAUAUUAAUGUGGGUUACUCCCGCGAUGAUCGGCAAAUUCACAUGAUCGAUUUUUGCGGCAGAAGUAUGGAGGAUGUCAAGAAUUUUGUGAGGCAGUACUGCGCGGAGAAAAAUGCAACGGGGUACUUCACCGUGCAAGAUCCACUGUCAGCUUAUUACGAAGCACUCUGCAUUGGAAUGGAUUGGAAUGAAGAUAUAAAUGAUGAAUUCCUUGGCAUGUGGGCUGAUAAUUCUGGGGGAGCAUCUGAUGAGGCCGAGGAUAUGGAUAAGACUAGGACUAGUCUCUCAACACAGAGGGAGAGAGCGGGGAAGAUGAAACUGAGUGAUUUCAGCGACGUGUUUCAUCUACCAAUUGAAGAAGCAGCAAGGCAAGUAAACUUGUGUCCUACAGUUGUGAAGAAAAUAUGCCGUAAAGAAGGAUUAGCCAGAUGGCCUCACAGAAAGAUAAAGAGCAUAAUGAGGAAAAUAAACAUAUUGAGAGGGAGUUUAAACUCAGCAGAGGCAGCCUCGAGGGCACAAACGGAGGCAGAAAUCGAGAGACUUCAUCGAGAAUUGAUCCACCAUUGUGGUGGAAUCCUCCCAACUUCCUUAGAUUCACUAGAUUUCAAUGCUUGA